UACAAUUUCUGUUGACAUUUAAGCCGCUCGCGGCACUCUUUUUAAAAAAGAAUAAUAAAAGACGCUGCGAUUUUGCAUUCUUUGGCUGAACAAUUCGCAUCGCGUGGGUUUUUUUGUGCUGGCUUUACUUUGAGCCAUCCGUCUUUUGUUGCUUGGAUUUCGAUCUUUUUGUUGUUGUUGUUUUUGUUCCCCCUCCCUCUGGUUUUAGCCGCUAGAUGCUAGCUAGCUAGCUAGCUAAGGUCUCGGCAGGGAACAAUGACGGCGACUUGCGCCGGCGGCCUGAGCGCUAAAGGGCUGGACAUCAGCCUGGCCGCUUUGCAGAGACACGACCCGUACAUCAAGAGCAUCGUGGACGUGGCCAGCCAGGUGGCCCUCUACACGUACAACAACCGGGCCAACGAGUGGGAGAAGACGGAGGUGGAAGGAACUCUAUUCAUCUACACGAGGCUGGCUUCUCCCACGCACGGCUUCACCAUCAUGAACAGACUCAGCAUGGAGAACCUGACCGAACCCAUCACCAAAGACCUGGACUUCCAACUCCAGGACCCCUUCCUGCUCUACCGCAACGCACGGCCGGGCCUCUCCCUCUCCCCAGUGGUCAUCCACGGCAUUUGGUUCUACGACAAGGCCGACUGCCAGCGCGUCGCCCAGAGGAUGAAAACUCUGACCCAGCAGGAGCAGGCGGUGGGGCAGGAUGGCUGGCUGCCCCCAGGCGGAGGUGCGGGCGGCGUGCAAGGCGAAGGGCAGGCGGUGGACAUCAUCCAGAUGCUGACCAAAGCUCACAGCCAGUACGACAAGGAGAAGUCGACUUCCGAACCCAAGGAGAUCGGCGGCAGCGGCGUUCUUUUCGGGAAGCCCAACCUCAUCAAACCGAUCCCCGUCAAGCCCACCACUCCGGACGGCGACGGCAGCGAGUCCAAGCCGCUUUCCCUGGCCGUGCUUUUUGGAUCCCAGCAACAGGGCUCGCCCAAACUUGCCCCCGCCUCUCCAUCCGCCCCGCCCGUCACGAGAAAAGCGUCUCGCCCUCCCGUCGCCCGCGCUCUCACCUACGAAACCCCCUCGGCCACCUCGGCGAUCGCCUCAGCAGGAGAUGCCGCAUCCCAUCAUCAGCGCUGCCCAGCCAUCCAUAAGCUUCGCACGCUGUCCGAGUCCCCGGAGAAUCGGCUGUGCGACAACGGCGUGCCGCUGGACCGCCGCCACCGGCACCACCAUCAGAUGCACCAUCACCACCAACUCGACCCAAUCAAGAAACUGUUCCAAAACCAGCCCCCGCCUCACGCUGCUGCCCUUUGUCGCGCGCCGCCAUGUUCUCACCAGCACGCCUUUUUUAGCCACUCCAAGCAGCAGACGCAUACAGGUGUGUCCCCGCACAUCUCCGGCGGGCUGUCCCCCCACGAGCUGGUCCACAAGCUGCAGCUGGUCCAGCAGGAGCAGAGCCAGGCCCCGCCGGAACCGCCGCGCCUCGGCCCCCCGCUGGCCCCCCGCUUCCAGGGGCCCGCGAGCGCGGCCGCCGCAGCUCCGAAGACGGCUCUGCCGUUGCAGGCGCUUUCUCCGCAGAGGAUCGCCGCCACCGUGGACCCGACGUUGCUCCUCUCGCCCAGCGUCUUCUCUCGGGUGACAUCGGACGUCGCGUCGCCCCAAGACCCCUCCUCCGGUUACACGCCUCAGAAGGAGAGCAGAGUUCUGUCCAGAAGCCAGCUCCAAGCAGCCUUACUGCAACUGAUCCAGACGGACAGCCCCUUCCUGGACACCAUCUACGAGGCCUACGUGGGCCGUUUUUGCUGACCAGCGCAGCAGCGAGUACACUUUGACGGACUUCAUCUGGCCGCGCACAAACCCAAACUGGCGUCCCAAAACCGGUUUUCACAAAUUCAAACAAUGGUGGGAACAUUAGGGUUUUUUUUUUGGGGGGGGGGAUAAAGCACACAUGUAGGUAAUCAAUGUAGCAAUUUAUUGUUUUGAAUAUUACACUGAAAAUGAACAAUUUGGAACAUAAGGAGCCCAUGAUUUUUUUUUUUUUUUUAAGUUAGGCUUCAAUAUUUUCAAAACAUCUAUAGGAAUAUUUUAAUAUUCUACCAACAAUACAUACAUUUAAUGAUUCAUUCAAUCAAUCAUUUUAUUGAUUUUUGUUGUUACUUUUCAUUUCCAAAAGAGGAUCAUCCAUCUCGACAAAGCAGCACUACCUCGCAGAGCUACGUUUGUUUUUAAGAAAUAUAAAUAAAAUUCAACACCAUUUAAAAAUCCAACUUCUACCGUUCCAUUACAAAUAAGCAAUAACAAAUUAACAGCAUUGCAAGACGCACAUAUUUACAUUGUUAGUAUUGAAUAAAGAAUUAAAAGAGACAAAUAUUUGUAUACUUGUAAGUAACCAGCAUGCAACGUGAAAAAGGAAGAGGCACGUGAACGCAACAUAUCAGUAUCGGCAAUUGAUGUCCCUUUUGCAGUUACCUGUUUCGCCAGUGGAAAUAUAUCUAGCGGUGCAAUGUUCAUUGUCAAGUAAUAUAUUUUAAACACGGUUUUGUCAGGUAUGGUUGGUUAUGACGAGUAUAUUUGAAUUGGCAAAUACAUUUUAUGAAAAGUACAUAUUUGUCAGUGUUUUUCAAUUGCGUGCAAUUGUUCUUCCUGCUGUUACAUUAGCGACCACAAGAGGGCGCAGAUGAACCUAAUCAGGCUCCGGUGUGUCGUUUUGUUUUGUUUUUUGCUAAAAGCUAAUCGUUUUCCAAUUUUACGCGUUUAAUACAUUUAAUUUAAGAAGGAAUUUAUUUAUAAAAUUAAUUUUUAAAAAAUUAACCAUCGUAACCAAAUAUGCAAACAAGUGCAGGAUAGGGAAACAAAUGAGAAAAUGUACCUUCAUCGAGUCCUCCUUGGCAAAGAUGUCCCGAGUUGGCAUCAGUUGUGAUGCAUUAACCUGCACUUUUCCUCUAAACGACUAUUGUGCAAGUUAUUUGGAUGUUCGACAUGUUGGAUUUUGCAAAACGUAUCCAGGUGAACGCUGACGAAGGUGGAAACGGGAGGGGAACUUCCUGUUGUCAUGCUGCGUUGGAGGACUGCAGGAAUUUGUAUAUGUUCUCAAAUAUUUGCCAUAAAAAAGCAAAGCAUGACAAUAGCGAUUACAAUUUUACCGUUAUUUUUUUAAACAAAGUCAGGAUACAGAAUUUAAUUACCUUCAUAUUGCUAAAAAUAUAUAUAUUUUUCCUCAAUACAAACUCCACACAUUUCCAUAAGGUUCCCCUGAACUAGAACAAUAACCUUCAAUAAAAAUAAGGCACAAACAGAAUGGUGUUGACAACUUUUUUCUUUAAAUGAAAAUGUAAAAAAGGACUACGACAAACCUGGUCAAAAAAUGUUUUCAAAAAAGGGACAGGGAGCUAUCAAAGUUUUUGUGUGUACGUGUGAGAUGUUCAGUCAAUGCUCCUUGUGGUCUCCAUCUUCCUCCAGUCUCCUGAUCUCCAUCUUGAGGUGGUUGAUGUUCUGCCUGCUGGCCUUCAGCUUGUCUUUCAGCUCCGUGAUCUCCUGACUGGUUCUCUUCUUGGCCGCCUCCAUUUUCUCCUUGGUCCUAAGCUCCAGCUCGCCGACUGAGAGGGGCGAGAUCACACACAAACAGAUAGACGCACUGACACAACAAUAAAUACAAUACAGGUGUGACGGAUGUGUGUUUGUCGGUAAGGACGUACACUCUGUCUCGUGCUUGUAAGCGCCCAGUGUGAGUUGCCUCGAUGUGGUCAGGAGCUGCUGCAUCAUGGCAGUCGGAUCCUGGAAAAUCUGAUUGGGAAGAACAAACCAAAAAACUGUAAAUAAUAUGCUGCACGUCCAGACAGUUUUAGACGAGACUCACCAUUUCAUCAUAGAAUUCGGACACGACCGUUUUCUUCGGCAUGGCGCUGGAGUCGGACUGGAAGAGCUUCAACAGAUGAUCUCUCGUUGGGGUCGAUGAAGACGAUCUUGAUGGUGAUUUCAAACUCCCCCCAUCCCGUCUCUGUGAUCUCGUAGGGCGGCUUGGUCACCACUGCAGGGUUUCACAUAGACAGACCACUGAUGAGUGUGCCCAUCUUCCUCUCGCUUCUUGCCGAAGUAGCGAGCGACGUUCCCGAACACGAUGGGCUUCACAAUAGUGAUUCCCUGCACACCACAAACACAAACGUAAGUCUGCCCUCAAUGAAUGAGUUGCGACGUGUCGCUGCUGCUUUGUUUACCUUAACCCGACCACCGGAAUCUGGACCGAAUUCUGUCAUCUUUUUAAACAUAUUACACAGGGAGUGAUGUUAGGUUGACGCCCUGGAAACAAUUUAAAUUGUUCCUUUUGUUCUCCGGUGGAGUUGCACAUUUGUUACGACUGCCAUUGAUUCAGUUUGUCAACAAAACAGCGACAAUAGCUUCCGGUCUUCCACUGGUGCAACCUGUUUUCAUGCCCGGCGUCCGCUAGGGGCCCUUCGACAAAAAGUUCCGCAUUCACGAAUAUCGCCUUUUCGAAAUGAGUCAUAGCUACCUAUCAAUAUUAAUUCUAAACGCCAACACAACAACACAAGUGAGGUUGGAAAAAAAAAUAAUAAUAAAAGUACCAUCUACUUCGGGAAACGGAAGUGCAACCCGUUUUCAUGGCCGGAGUCAGUGAGCAGCAAAUGUAAAAUAUUGCCGUACUCAUAGACGCAAGUGAAACAAGUUAAAAAUACAACAAACAAGAAAUACUGUGCUUUGUACACUUUAAAUGCCAUCACUCGAGUAAACAGCUUGACAGUAUCUAUCUACUUCCGGGCGAAACGGAAGUGCAACCUAGUUUAAUGCCCGGAGUCCGUGAAAAUUCCUCACUUAAAACUUAUCACCAAAAAAAACCUAUAAACCUUUUAUUUCACAGCGAACAUACAUUAUACCACGUGUUCUAGUGCUUAUUCACUAAUAAAAUCUGACAAAAAUAUUUUGAGCGGCAGUUACACAUACUUCAAUACACCAAGAAAAAGCCAGUCAAAAUUUAGCCAUAAGUUUUAUUGUUGGAUAGCCUGGAUCGUCCCACAUAAGUAGCUUUACAAGUCACUCAUUGUAAUACUGCAGUUAGAAUGGUUCAUGCAGCUUUAUAUUAAAUACAGUGCUUCUCUUGCUUAAGUUAAGCUAUUUAAUUCAAAUGGGUCAAAUGCCGCUUUGCAUGAUUAAGUAGAAAUACAUUUAUUACCGCCUUGCAAAUGUUACAAUCAACUCUCCAUUCUAAGAUUCCAGUAUGCGAUUGAAUAAAACUGACAUUUGCACCUGUAUGCUUCUUGUCGCGGUCUUCUCGUGUAAACCUGCAAACACUUACCUUGGGGACUGUGGAGGAAAAAGUCACAACAAGCCACCUGACCAUGCGUACACACAAUAUAAACAUACACUGCAGAACUCUCAAGCACAAAUGAGGAUGUGCACUGUGUGGAACAUAACCCACC